AUGAGGGUGAACAGCACAGCCUCGAAGACCUCCCGCACUGAGCUGCGCUUCUUCUCAGUCUCGGCAUGGACGAUACCAUCCCGCAAUAUCGGUACCACCGGUAGUGGCAACGGUAUCAGAACUUCAACGAACUCGUGA